AACGAAUGUGCACAUCAAUUCCAUUUUAAAAUAAUUCCAUAUAUUUUGCGUGUUUCGACUUGUUUUAAUUUUUACAUUGUACAAACGUGCACAGCAAUAGUGUGCACCGCUAUAACACACACACACACACUGAUACAGUUCCGUCGCGGACAACCGCCUGCCGUUUGGCCUUCAGAAUAACCAAAUCUGAAUAUUAUAUUAUUUUCAUAAUAUUCUGAAUUUAUAUUUUGAAAAAUAAUCUUCAUAACACUACAGAUUUAUUUCAGGUCUUAAUAAUUAAAAUGGUUCUUGUGUGCUCAGUAAUUAGCUGCAAAACUAAACACUCAAAGGGUUCUGGUAUUAAGUUCCACAAAUAUCCUGCAGAUAUUGAAUUGAAAAUGAAAUGGUUGGCAUCCAUUAAAAAUCCAAAUUGGUUUGUUCCAUAUCCAAGAUCGGUUGUAUGUAGUAAACAUUUUGAUGAUGAUGAUUAUAAAAUCAAUGUUUGGGGACACAAAAAACUUAAAAUUAAUGCGAUCCCAAAAUCAACAAUUAACCGUCAAUUUUUGUUAAAUGAAUUUGAAGUACUUUAUGUGUCAACAGAAAACAGUGGUGGGAGUGAACUUAAUUCAAAUGUUAGCGAAAUAGUAAAUACUAUUACAAGUGGUACCUCGAAUCUUUCAACCAAUUCUACAAUGGAUCUUGAUGAUUCAAUAAUACUUGGGUCGCUUGAUGAAAAUAAUGUUGCUAUAAAUUUAUCAAUCACUACACCUACACCAAAAAAAAGAAAACCAUUUCGCUACUUAGGAGAUUUUAAGGAAGAAGAUUUGGAAACGCCCCGAAUCAGAAAAAUGUUUUGGUCUAUGUACAAAACAACAUUGGAUAAUAAAAUAAAAGCUGAAAAGGUGUUAAAACAAAAAAAUUACAGAUUAAAAAUGAAAAUAAAGGCAUUGAACAGUUUAAUAGAUAAAUUACAAGCUGAUAACAAAAUUACAGCCAAGUGUUCAAAUGACUAACUUUUAAUUUAUUAAUAAAUCAUAAAUUAUUCAGAUCCCUGCUUCAGAUGAAGAAAUAUUUUCUGGUGAUACAAAUAAUAGGUAUUAUACUAUUUAUUUUAUUGUUAUA